UUAGUUAUAUUUAUUCCCUUAACUCGGGGCGUCAUGACACCUUCAAAGCCCUCCUUUUAUAAGUAAACCGGAAAAAGAUGUCUUUGAUAAACGAUUGUUUACAGACAAAAUUUGUUAAAGACUGAGUUGACAAUAAUGUUCAUAACAAAAACAGAUAAUUAAAUAAUGUUGUAUUAACCACCUAACCUCACGAUUGUGUAUCUUGUACCCCUUUCUCUACUUUAGUAGGUAAUAUUGUUCGUUGUGUUAACUUUUUGUAGGAACUAAAACGAUUUACUUAUUGACCUGAAAUCAAUUUCUGUUGGUGGUUAGGAAGGUUAUAAUAUGUUUUAAUGUUGUCUAAUAAAUACCAUAGACUGGAGUCACCAAAGUGUACACAAGGAGUUACUGAUUUGUGAAGAUUUUUAUUUAAAUUUCACCUAUUAUUAUUACAAAAAUAAGACAUCAAGUGCGUGUUCAGGUAGCCUAAAUGAGUUGUGGUUUGGUACCGAGUAGAAGUACAGUAUAUGUGUCUAAUCUGCCUUAUUCUUUAACAAAUAAUGAUUUACAUAAAGUAUUUUCCAAGUUUGGGAAAGUUGUGAAAGUUACAAUUGUGAAAGAUAAAAUAUCAAGAAAGAGUAAAGGAGUAGCAUUUGUAUUUUUCUUAAAUAGAGACGAUGCAAUCAAAUGUGCUUCAAGCCUCAACGGACAACAGAUGUUUGGACGCACACUGAAAAGCAGUAUGGCAAAGGACAAUGGAAGAAGUACAGAAUUCAUCAAAAAAAGACAGUAUCCUGACAAGAGUCGAUGUUAUGAGUGUGGUGAAGAAGGACAUCUUAGCUAUGCUUGCCCAUCAAAUGCCCUUGGUGAACGAGAGCCUCCACCUAAAAAAGAAAAGAAGAGGAAGAAGAAAGAUGAAUGUCAGAGAGACUACUCCGCAUACGACAGUGAUGAUGAAGACUGGAGGGCUAGAAAUCCGUUGAACACAACAUGUGACACUGACGGUGAGGAGGAGGAGGGGGAGCCAGAUCUGGAAACAUUGAGUGCAGCUAUUCAGAUGGAGCAAGAGCGAGAGGCUCAAUCUUCAUCUUCAAUAGAGAAGACAACAGUUAAAAGGAAAAGGAUAAAGAAAGAUUCAUAUUUCAGUGAUGAGGAAGAACUAAGUGAAUAAAUCUGCUGAAAUAAUAAGAUGAAAAAACUGUUCAGAAAAUCAUGCAUGAUCAGAACAAGCUGAGUACUCUACCAAGACUGCUCACCUAUUUUACUUCCAGAUAUAUUGUACAAAAUAAUAAAAAUCAAAACUCA